UGGUUGUCCUACUACAAGAUGGAAUGGCAGACAGAGUAUCAAGCAUUCCAUGCUCUGAUUUGCACGAAACAGCCCUGCAACAACACACACCAGUGAUGCAAACUAAGAGCUUCAACCAACAGUAGUAAAUUUGUACUCCCCAAUGACUCGAUGUAUGAAAGAAAAUCCUAAGGCGUCGUUGUUGCAUAGCCAAACAAAAUCCUACUCAGUCGUGGCUCCUGUUGAUUCAGAGCACCCUUAGCCACACUCUAGUUUAUGCAGUUGUUGAACAGUUUGUGCAUUAUCUGGUCCCAUGAGCAGCUGAUGCCUUUAAAAGUUCUUGCUUUAGCUCUAGCCAAAUGCUCCAGAUGGCAGAGUGAGGCAGUGGCUGCAUAAACUGUGGAAAAUAUGUACCUUUAGUAAGGUGGCUCCAUUGGUUGUAGUAGAUUAGCACAGCUUGAAGGGAUGGCUCCUCUGAUGUUGAUUUUUUCUUCAUAAAUUUGUUUAUUGCUUGGAUUUUAAAUGAUGAAGCUGUUGCUCCUUUUCUUCCAAGACAAACUCCAAAUGCGCUUUUCUUUGUUCAAGGUCAAUACAUGAUCAAUCUCUUCAUUCUAAAUCAACGAAUUUCUUUUGCUUGCUGUGGAAUCUAUCCAUCUUCAUUACAUGUCAAUAGAUGACUAAGUCAUCAUGACUUGCUUGCUGUGAAAAGCUUGAGAUGCUCAAUUCGAAAAGCUUUGACUCCAAUGAUUAGUGCCUUCACUUUCUUUGCUGUAUGUGGAAUCAUUAUUCACCCAUAUUCUUAUGAUUUUGUGCAGAUUGGCCUUAGGUUUUUCGAUGCUGCUGCAUCUUCCACCGCCAAGGCGGUCCCCUGUCCCUAUAAAUCUUGUCCAAAUCGGUGUACAAAGAAUGUAAGCACCUACCAGUCGGGCACGCUAAGUGACUCAGCCCUCACUGUUGACGGGAUCUUUGGACUUGGCCAAGGACCUCUCUCAGCCAUCUCACAAUUAGCGUCCAGAGGAGUAAUACCGCCAGUCUUCUCUCAUUGCUUAAAAGGAGAGGGCCUUGGGGGUGGUACUUUUGUUCUGGGAGAGAUAACCGAGCUGGGGAUGGUCUACACUCCACUUGUCCCAGCACAGCCUCACUACAAUCUAUAUCUGCAAAGUAUUGCGGUGAAUGGACAACUGUUGCCUGUCGAUCCGGCAGUCUUCGCUACGUCAACUGGUCGUGGAACUUUUGUGGACAGUGGGACAACCCUGGCGUACCUGGUGGAAGAAGCGUACGAAUCAUUCUUAAGCGCUGUAAGUACACUCUUGUGUUUCUGUCCUUUUUAUUUUUUGAUGAACAUGUGUUUCUGUCUUUUGUGUUGCUUUUAUGUUCUGUUUGUAUUUUGCUCUUAGUUGGGUGGUCAGGGAUCAUUCCCCUUUGUUUUUGAACAGACCUUCCCUUGCAUUGCCUUCCUUGCUUUGUUAAGUUUUCAUUUGUAUAAUUGCGCACCAUUUUAUUAAAACAUAAGGUAGAAUCAAAAGGAAGAGAAAAA